AAAAGGCUCCACGACCCAAGAGAACUCGGUGCCGAGAACGCGAGUCCGCGCUCCCGCUGGUCUCUGCAACCUGCCGCUCCUUGCAUCCCGCCCUUGCCCACCCAGCUUUCAGUCAUGGCCUCCGGCAACGCGCACAUCGGAAAGCCCGCCCCGGACUUCCAGGUCACAGCUGUGGUGGAUGGCGCCUUCAAAGAGGUGAAGCUUUCCGACUACCGAGGAAAAUAUGUGGUUCUCUUUUUCUACCCACUGGACUUCACCUUUGUGUGCCCCACGGAGAUCAUCGCUUUCAGCGAACACGCAGAGGACUUCCGCAAACUUGGCUGCGAAGUUCUGGGGGUCUCUGUGGACUCUCAAUUCACUCACCUGGCUUGGAUCAACACCCCCAGGAAGGAGGGAGGCCUAGGCCCCCUGAACAUCCCUCUGCUAGCUGACCUAACCAGAAGCCUGUCCCACGAUUAUGGUGUACUGAAAGAAGAUGAGGGCAUUGCCUACAGGGGCCUCUUUAUCAUCGAUGGCAAAGGUGUCCUUCGACAGAUCACUGUCAAUGAUUUGCCUGUGGGGCGUUCUGUGGAUGAGGCUCUGCGUCUGGUCCAGGCCUUCCAGUACACUGAUGAGCACGGGGAAGUCUGUCCCGCAGGCUGGAAGCCAGGCAGUGACACAAUCAAGCCCAAUGUGGAGGACAGCAAGGAAUACUUCUCCAAACACAACUAAGCUAGUAGAUGGAUGGAAAGCUUUGGCUCUUGGCCCUUACCUGUGCCCCGUCUGGGUACCCUGUGAUGAUGCAGGAAAGGCCAGACCUGCACCUUGAAUCCCCACAGACCUUACCCUAGAGGGUAGGCCAAGGUCUUAUGCUCCUGCCUGGGAGCUGAAUGUUGAUCGAUUCUCUGGAACCCAUCUAAGCAGGGAACAGGCCUAGAGAUAACUAAUAAAGUAUUAGGGAUGAACUUGAGCCUGUGUUGGUGUGGUCUG